UUCGUUCUCUACGGCUCUACCUCCUCUGCCUCGUUGUAACGAAACAGAUCAUGUUCCUCGGUUACUCUGCGAGUUCUCAGAAAACCAUACCUUUUAUCUUGUCCUUUCUCGAUUGGGAAAGGAAUAGAUAGAGCGGAGACUGUCACUCCUAUUUAUUUUGUGGUGUGGGAGUUCCUCGAAGUGUGAAAUUUCGUGGCCUCUUGGGGGAUUUUUGCUGGGUUUUUACUUAUUUUUCUUUCUUCUGGGUUCGGUUUAAUGGCUGAUACCAAGAAGUAUAUCUCAUCAGAUGAGCUCGAAAAGCAUAACAAACGGGGAGAUCUGUGGAUUUCGAUACAGGGGAAGGUCUACGAUGUCUCGGACUGGGGUAAAGAUCAUCCCGGCGGUGAAGUUCCGCUUUUAAAUCUCGCAGGUCAGGAUGUUACCGAUGCCUUCGUUGCUUAUCAUCCUGGUUCUGCUUGGAAAUAUCUAGAUCGCUUCUUUGUUGGUCACUUGAAGGAUUAUCAGGUUUCUGAGGUCUCCAAGGAUUACAGAAGACUUGUUUCGGAGUUUUCUAAACUGGGUUUGUUUGACAGAAAAGGGCAUGUCACCAUGUAUACGCUUUGUUUUAUGGCAGUGUUGUUCACCGUUAGCGUUUGUGGUGUUUUAUUGUCUGAUAAUGUCUGGGUUCACCUGGUCUGUGGUGGGCUGAUGGGGUUUCUCUGGAUUCAGAGCGGAUGGAUUGGGCAUGAUUCUGGGCACUACCAGGUCAUGAAGAGGCCUGGUAUCAACCGGUUUACGCAGAUCCUCGCAGGAAAUUGCCUUACCGGUAUCAGCAUUGCCUGGUGGAAGUGGAACCACAAUGCCCAUCACAUUUCCUGCAACAGUCUGGAUUUCGAUCCCGAUCUUCAGCACAUUCCCUUCUUUGCUGUAUCUUCGAGUUUAUUUUACUCGCUCACGUCGUGCUUCUAUGAGAGGAAGCUGAAUUUUGAUUCUGUCGCUAGAUUUCUGGUGAGUUACCAGCAUUGGACUUUCUACCCUGUUAUGUGCUUUGCUCGGAUUAAUCUAUUUGGCCAGUCGAUAUCGUUGUUGAUCUCUAAGCGAAAGGUACCCAAAAGAGGUCAGGAGAUUGCCGGAGUCCUGGUUUUCUGGAUUUGGUAUCCUCUACUUGUUUCCUGCCUUCCCAACUGGGGAGAGAGGUUGAUGUUCGUGAUCGCAAGCUUCUCCGUUACUGGAAUUCAACAUGUUCAGUUUUGCUUGAACCAUUUUUCAUCGGACGUCUAUUUAGGCCCACCUCGCUCGAAUGACUGGUUUGAGAAGCAGACGAAGGGUACGCUUGAUAUCUCAUGCUCAUCAUGGAUGGAUUGGUUUCAUGGAGGAUUACAGUAUCAGAUUGAGCACCAUUUGUUCCCCCGCUUACCUCGGUGUCAUCUCAGGAAGGUUUCACCCUUUGUGAAGGAUCUUUGCAAGAAGCACAAUCUGCCUUACAAUAUUGCUUCAUUUUGGGAAGCUAAUAAGAUGACCAUCGAGACUCUAAGGACUGCCGCACUGCAGGCUCGGGACCUCACAAGUCCUGUUCCGAAGAAUUUGGUCUGGGAAGCAGUUAACACUCAUGGUUGAGGUUUUGCAAUUCUUAGUUCUUAGCUGGGCUCAAAUAUUGCUAUCAUUUGACUCCACCUAGGUUAAGUGCCUUCCUUUCCUCUUCCCUUGGUAGUUGUUUUGUGAUGAUCAUCCAACAUUGUCUAUGAAUGGAGGGCUCCAGCUUUGUCACCGCUUGCAGUUGAGAAUCAUUUGUUAUUUGAUCAUGGUAUUCAUAGAGUUUGAUCUUGCUGCUUCCCGAUUGUGGUUACAAAAUGUUUGCAGGCUUAUUUAGUUUUAUUUCAAGUCUUGAUCUGUGAUUGGAGAUCAAUUUUUAUUGAAUGUAAUUAUUGUGUUUGACUAUCAUAAGUGCUCUUCCAUUGGUUUAGCUUGCUUAUUUGGAUUGUGGAAUAUUUAUCUGUGUUUGGCAUAGUUUGGGAAUUACUCAAUGUUGAGGUCAA